UCACGCAGACAGGAAAAGGCGGCAGUACCGAGCCGGGGUCGCUCCGGUGCCGCUUCCGGUGCCGGUACCGGGCCGGGGUCGCUCCGGUUUCGGUUCUGUCCCGGUUCCGGUGCCAUGCAGGCCGAGCUGCGGGGCCUGGCCGGGCCCGUGGCGCUGCCGGACGGGCAGCCCGUGCUGCUGGGCCGCGGGCCCCUCACCGGCGUCACCGACCGCAAGUGCUCCCGGCAGCAGGUGGAGAUCGUGGCCAACUACGCCGAGGGCACGGCGCGGGUCACCCAGCUCGGGGUGAACCCCAGCUCUGUGGGGGGCUCCGUGCUGGGCCGGGGGCGCUGCGGGACCCUCGCCCACGGGCAGACGCUGCUGUUGGUGAACGGGAGGUACCCCCUGGUGCUGCACCUGCCCCGCAGCCCCCUCCCCAAAAAGCGACCCCCCAGCCCCCCCCGGGACCCCCCCCCGGCCCACAGAGCCCCCCCAGAGCCCGCCCGGGGCCGGUGGCAGAAAUGGGGACCCCUCCUCACAUUCAGCCCCGAGGGGGCCCCGCCCAGCUCCAAGAUUGCGGGGUUUGACCUGGACGGGACCCUGAUCUGCACCCGCUCGGGGAGGGUCUUCCCAACCAGCCCCGAGGACUGGAGCUCGUGUUUCACCAACCAGCUCGGCAUCGCCCGGGGCCGCCUGCGCCCGGAGCUGUUCCAGGCCAAGGUGGAGGCGGUGAUGGAGAAACUCGGGGUGGCCCUGCAGGUGUUUGUGGCCACGGGGCCGGGGCUGUGCCGGAAACCCCUGCUGGGAAUGUGGGAGCACCUGUGCGACACGGCCAACGGGGACGUUCCGGUGUCGGUGCCCGAGAGCUUCUACGUGGGGGACGCCGCCGGGCGCCCCCCGAGCUGGGCCCCGGGGAAGAAGAAGGAUUUCUCCUGCAGCGACCGCCUGUUCGCGCUCAACGCCGGCCUGCGGUUCCUGACUCCCGAGGAGCACUUCCUGGGCUGGGCCCCGGCGCCCUUUGACCUCCCGGCCUUUGACCCCCGUGACCUGGACAAAGUGACCCAGGAGGUCCCCGAGGCCGAGCUGGUGUCGGACGGGCCCGAGGUGCUGCUGACGGUCGGCUUCCCUGGGGCCGGCAAAUCCACUUUCGUGAAGCGUUACCUGGUCCCGGCAGGGUACGAAUACGUGAACAGGGACACGCUGGGCUCGUGGCAGCGCUGCGUCUCCGCCUGCUCGGCCGCCCUGGCCCGCGGCCGCUCCGUCGUCGUGGACAACACCAACCCUGACCCUGAAUCGCGGCAGAGGUUCGUGGCCUGUGCCCGGGCAGCCGCGGUUCGGUGCCGGUGCCUCCUGUUCACGGCACCGCUGGAGCAGGCGCGGCACAACUGCCGGUUCCGGGAUCUGACGCAGAGCGGCCACGCCCCCGUCACCGACGCCGUCCUGUUCGGCUACAGGAAACAAUUUGUGCCCCCCGAGCUGUCCGAAGGCUUCUCCCAAAUCCUCCGGAUCCCCUUCGUGCCCCAUUUUGGGGACCCCCCGGACCCCCAACGCCGCCGCCUCUUCCUGCAGUUCAGCGAUGGAUGAGCCCCCAGCCCCCAAUAAAGGCACCGCCCCCUCCCCACAUUUUGGGCAA